AUGCGUGUGCUACCUCCUGCUGUGAUGCUCGUACCUGCUAUCGGAAAGCGACAGACCUUAGAGCGUCGUAAAGAUAAGACAGUCACCGAGACGACUACCUUUACUCAGACGCUAACGAUCAACCAAACCUUCACGGAACACGUCUCGACGACGGUUUUCUCGACCAUCUUUGCAACCAUCACGGUUCCGUCAACGAUUAAUCAUACCCUGACGGUGCCAACUACCACUACCGUUCAGGCGACACCCAGCACGGCAACAAUUGCACGCCUCGCCCCAGAGCUGAUAGCGCUGAAUGCCACAUCGGGCAAGGCACCACCUGCGACAGCUUCAAGCCCUCUGCCUGUAGCAUCUGCGUCGAAGAAAGACUCCCUCGGCACUGCAGAGAUUCUAGCGAUCGUUUUAGGCUCGCUGGCAUUCGCUGGACUACUGCUGGCAGGUCUGCUCUUCGGUAGGAAGAUGAUCAAGAAGUAUCGCCAACAAAGGGUGAUGAGAAAGCAAGCGCAGACAGAAGGCAACGAUAUGCCGAGGUACAUGAUUUCGGCGCCGGUCGGCCAUGCUGGUUUCCAACAGCAGAAUGUUAGAGGAGGAAGCAGCUUAGCUAACUUCCCCAGAUUCCCCGUUGCAGCAGACAAUACCGCGUUCCAGCCACGCCAGGCGACUGGUGUGACUUUGGCAGGAUCCGAGUCGCGGCAGCAUGCAGCGGGUUCGAAGGCGGCGGAGGCGGCAGAGGAGUGGGAAGACUUUCCACUCGAUGAUAGUCCUCCCUCUUACAAGGUCUGA